AAUAUCUAUUUAUCACAAAUGCUAUUUUUUAUCACAUCAUUUCACAAUGGUAUUAAUCACCAAUAUCAUGCAGCCCUAAUGCUAAAUUAUAAAAAUAAUUAGUCUUAAUCAUGAAUUAAUAACGGUUUAGUUUUGUAACUUAUCUGUAUUACAGCGUGCUUGGAAUCAUUCAUUUGAACAAUGAUAAUGUAUUAAAGAUAACAUAAUGUGAUCAUAUCAACUUUUACUGUCCCGCCAUGAUCCACAUCAGUUUCUGUCCAAGGUGCCAACAGUCUGUCACUCAGGAGCCACGCCUGUGGAGAGCUCAGGGCACAUCAUGUGGGGGGGAGCGUCACGCUGUGUGGCUGGGUCCAGUACCUCAGGCAGGACCUGUUUGUCAUCCUGCGAGACUUCAGCGGCCUGGCACAAGUCCUCAUUCCUCAGGAAGAAUCAGCGAGUCAUUUGAGAGCGGGGCUGUGUGAUCUCACAACGGAGUCUGUCAUCAAGGUUACAGGAACAGUCAGACGGCGCCCAGGGGGGCAGGAGAACACGGGCAUGCCGACAGGAGAGAUAGAAGUCCUGGCUGAGAGCGUGGAGGUUCUGAACGUGUGCCGCACGUUGCCUUUUGAAAUUAAAGACUCUGUCAAAAAGUCAGAGUCUUUGCGGAUGAAGUACCGCUACCUGGACCUGAGGUCGUCUGAGAUGCAGAGGAACCUCCGGCUGAGGUCCCAGCUGGUGAUGAGGAUGAGGGAGUUCCUCUGCAACCAGCACGGUUUUGUGGAUGUGGAAACUCCCACCUUGUUUAAGAGAACACCAGGGGGAGCCAAAGAGUUUGUGGUUCCGUCCAGAGAGCCGGGCCGCUUCUACUCGCUGCCCCAGAGUCCUCAGCAGUUCAAACAGCUGCUCAUGGUAGCCGGGGUCGACAGGUACUUCCAGGUUGCUCGCUGCUACCGAGAUGAAGGCUCCAGACCAGACCGGCAGCCGGAGUUCACUCAGGUAGGACGGAGGACACAAUGCACCCACACAGCAGGACUUAUGUUGAGACUGUACUGUUCUUUUUAUUUCCUUAGUGGUUGGUAUUUGAGCCGAACAUUUCAAAUCUAGUCGGGGAACUUACCAAACUGUACAAUCUAAGUACUAACCUGUGUGACCAUACAUGCUGUUUGUUCCUACCCUCUGAUACAACUCACAGGAGUGUUUCCUAAAAAAAGGCACGC